GAGAGAGGCAUCCCAUAGUACUGAAAUCUGAUUCUACACACAGUUGUUUCUUUCUCUAGCAUCGGGAUUCACGCAAUUUAUUCAAGUGGAAAAUGGCGGAGAAAUGGGUGUUGAUGGUGACGGCACAAACGCCGACGAAUAUAGCGGUGAUAAAGUACUGGGGAAAGAGGGACGAGAAUUUGAUACUGCCUAUUAAUGAUAGCAUCAGUGUCACUCUCGAUCCGCAGCACCUAUGCACCACCACCUCCGUUGCCGUCAGCCCCGCCUUCACCCACGACCGCAUGUGGCUCAAUGGAAAGGAAAUAUCCCUUUCCGGAGGAAGAUACCAAAAUUGUUUAAGGGAACUUCGGGCUCGUGCUAGCGAUGUUGAGGAUGAGGAGAAGGGUAUUAAGAUUGCAAAGAAGGAUUGGGAGAAACUGCACGUGCACAUUGCUUCCUAUAACAAUUUCCCUACUGCUGCUGGUUUGGCUUCAUCAGCUGCAGGUUUUGCUUGCCUAGUGUUUUCUCUUGCUAAGUUGAUGAAUGUGAAAGAAGAUCACAGUAAACUUUCUGCUAUAGCAAGGCAAGGUUCAGGAAGUGCUUGUCGCAGCCUGUAUGGUGGAUUUGUCAAGUGGAUCAUGGGAAAAGAGGAAAAUGGAAGUGACAGCAUUGCUGUUCAACUUGCAGAUGAGAAGCACUGGGGCGAUCUUGUGAUUAUUAUUGCUGUUGUUAGUUCUCGUCAGAAGGAAACUAGUAGCACCUCAGGGAUGCGUGAGACUGUUGAAACCAGUAUGCUUAUAGAACAUAGAGCGAAGGAAGUUGUACCAAGACGCAUAAUUCAAAUGGAGGAAGCCAUAAAAGAUCACGAUUUUCCAUCUUUUUCUCGUCUAGCUUGUUCAGAUAGUAAUCAGUUUCAUGCAGUCUGCCUGGAUACUUCGCCCCCAAUAUUCUAUAUGAAUGACACAUCUCAUAGGAUAAUCAGCUGUAUUGAGAAAUGGAAUCGCUUUGAAGGAACACCACAGGUGGCUUAUACUUUUGAUGCCGGGCCAAACGCAGUUCUGAUUGCGCAUAACAGAAAUGCUGCUAAACUUCUGCUUCAGAGGCUACUCUUUUAUUUCCCUCCCCAAUCUGAUACUGAUUUGAGCAGUUAUGUUAUUGGGGACAAGUCCAUAUUAGAAGAUGCUGGGGUUCACAACAUGAAGGACAUUGAAGCUUUGGCUGCACCUCCAGAGGUUAAAGAUAAUACUCCGGCGCAGAAAUACAAGGGGGAUGUUAGUUACUUCAUCUGCACGAGGCCUGGGAAAGGUCCAGUAUUGCUUAAUGAUGAAACUAAAGCGCUUCUAAAUGCUGAAACUGGACUGCCAAAUUAAAGAAGUUGGAGUUUUGUGGUACGAUUAUUUUCGUAAGGCCAGUGUGCUGGAACUGUUGCAUUUACAUUAUCUUUGUCUAGAACGUAAUGCUGGACAUGAUUCUGUACUCUUAUACAAUUUGUAAUUUGAAUCGUAUUCCCUUGCUAAGAGCAUUUUGGGAUUAACAAUUUCUUGUUUGUAAACAUGUUUAAGGGAUUUAUUUUUUUCUUUGAAAUAAAAAACUUACUAUUUUAGCGAAAACUGCUAAGAUAGGUAGCCAUA